CCUACCCCCUCCCUCCGCUCUCCUCCUCCUCCUCGCCUCUCCUCUCCUUCUCCUCCUUCUCCUUCUCCACCUCCUCUCUCCGCCUUUCCAGCCGCACACGGAGCGGGCUGCGCGGACCUGGCCGGAGCGCGGAGCCACCCGCGCAGUCUCCGCAGCCGAAGCGGGGGAGCCCGGCGUCCUCCGGCCCGUUCGCUGCCCCGCGGGGAGAGGAAGCCCGGCUGGACCCGCGGAGAUGGGUCCCGCUGCGCCCCGCGGCCGGCGGCGGCACUGAGGAAGGUGCGGACCCUGCCCCCAGCCACUGCAUUUUAUGGAGCUGCAGGUCGGGGCCAGCCCAGCUCCCCUGCUUCUUCCCAGUGAUGCUGCUGGUCCCAGUGUGGAGAGACCCUGUGCAGCCCCACGGAGCCUGAGCGCCGAGGAGGCAGCGGCAGCGGCCCCCCUGUGCGCCCCGGCUGACUACUAUGGCCGUGUACUGCUAUGCACUCAAUAGCUUGGUGAUGAUGAAUAGCAACAGCGAGGUGACAAGCAGCAGGAGCAAGACGCCGCCUCCUGCAGGACAAGUGCUGCCCAGGGGCCUGGAGACACCCGGCAGCUGCCGCCCGCUCCCUGUAUUCAGCCCGGCCCCUGUGCCACCCCGCUCUCCACGCCGUGGCCCUGCUUUCCUCUUCCCCCCUCUUGAAGAGCCUGUGCGGCAGCCGGGCAGCCCCAGAGGACGGCGUGGCAGCCGGGGCGAGGAGGGGCAGCCAGGACCCCCCAUGGCACGGCAACUUCAGCGGGAGCUGCACAAUGUCCAAGUGAACCAGAAAGUGGGGCUCUUCGAGGCACAAAUCCAAGCGCACAGCUCUGCUGCCCAGCCGCCACGAAGCCCACGGCCAUCCCGAUCCCGACCUGCCAGCCCCACGGUGCCAAUGGUGGGACUUGGAAGUGGAUCCCAGCCACAAGCUUAUGACAAAAGUGAGGCCCCUGAUGUUGCUGGAGUGCAAGUCUGGCCAAGCGCUGCAGAGCCCUCGGGGAGUUCAGUGGCGAUGGGGGUCCCGACUGUAGGGCUGGCGGUGGGCAGCAGCCCCCUGGGGCCAUCAGGGCCUGCACCACGGCAAGAUGAGGUGGUGGUGGCCCCUACAGGACAUGAGGGCCAGUGCCCGGCCAUCAGCGGGAGCAUCCCUGCUGUCAUUGUCACGGACGUGGGGGGCCCGGAGGAGGAGGCGGGCGCCGUGCCCCCCAGCAGCCUGCCCGUCCGGAAGCUGUCGUCGUCCUCAGCCUCUUCCACGGGCUUCUCCUCAUCCUGGGAGGAAUCCGAGGAGGACAUCUCCAGCGACCCUGAGCGCACCCUGGACCAGACACCGGCCUUCCUGCAGACCCUGGACCAGCAGAAGCCCCGAGUGAGCAAGUCAUGGAGGAAGAUCAAGAAUAUGGUGCACUGGUCCCCAUUUGUGAUGUCUUUCAAGAAGAAGUAUCCUUGGAUCCAGCUAGCGGGACACGCAGGUAGUUUCAAGGCAGCAGCUAACGGCAGGAUACUGAAGAAGCACUGUGAAUCUGAGCAGCGCUGCCUCGACCGCCUGAUGAAUGAUGUCCUGAAGCCCUAUGUUCCUGCCUACCAUGGUGAUGUGGUGAAAGAUGGGGAGCGAUACAACCAGAUGGAAGAUCUGCUGGCUGAAUUCGACUCACCCUGCGUCAUGGACUGCAAAAUGGGGGUCAGGACAUAUUUGGAGGAGGAGCUGAUAAAGGCCCGGAAGAAGCCAAGCCUGAGGAAGGACAUGUACCAGAAGAUGAUUGAGGUGGACCCUGAUGCCCCCACUGAGGAGGAGAAUGUGCUGCGGGCAGUAACCAAGCCCCGCUACAUGCAAUGGAGGGAGACCAUCAGCUCGACUGCCACGCUGGGCUUCAGGAUUGAGGGGAUAAAGAAAGAGGACGGCACUGUGAACCGGGACUUCAAGAAGACACGGACAAAGGAACAAGUCACAGAGGCCUUCAGGGAGUUCACCAGAGGAAACCGCAAUGUUUUGAACAGUUACCUUAACCGGUUGAAGGGCAUCCGGGCUACGCUGGAGACAUCCCCGUUCUUCAAGUGCCAUGAGGUAAUCGGGAGCUCCCUCCUCUUCAUUCAUGACAAGAAGGAGCAGGCCAAAGUCUGGAUGAUUGACUUUGGGAAAACCACCCCGCUGCCGGAGGGACAAGUUCUGCAGCACAACGUGCCCUGGGUAGAAGGGAACAGAGAGGAUGGCUACCUCUGGGGGCUGGACAACCUCAUUCAGAUCCUGACAGAGUUGUCCCAGAGCGAAGACUUGCAUUAAAGCCAUGCGUCCGACUCUGCCACUACCCCCAACCUGCCCCCGACUGACUCUUCUGAACUGCACUACAAGACACUUUCCAGCCCUGGCCCUUCCCAUUUGAAAGCUAUACUCUCCCUAUUUAAUGUGUUUUCGUUGUGGUUUUUUAGGUUGUCUUGAUUCCUUUUUUCCCCUCCUCUCCAUGUAAAUAGAGAGCUAACCUGCCAGAACAAAAGUGAACUUGAAACCUUGGCCUUGCAGAGCCAGUGGGAGCACGAGCCAUGCCAGCCGGGACGGGGAUGCUUAGGCGAGCGCAUGCUUUGCCUAUCACACUUAUGUCUCUUGCACAGCCUGAUUUUAAGACCUUUUAAGAGAGCUGGUGGAGGAAGGAACCUCUCCCUGUGCUGGGAUUGGUAGUUUCAUCCUGAAAAUCUCUAUGUCCAUGCCCAGGACCCUCUGGCAGCCAGUGUGUGUGAGCAAGGCCUGAGAUGUCGAAGGAUACUGGGGUGGGAGCUCUUUAGUCAUCUUUGCCAGCACCUUUCAGCUUCGAGAACUAGCUGUGCUGAGUCAUUAUAUGAUGCUAGAAGGGCAGAAUGGGGGUUUUCUUUGUAUUCAAGACAUCCCGUAGCAGUUGCUCAGUUAUCAUCUGGUGGCACUGGAGGGCAAGGGUUUCCCUCCUGCUGCAGAGCCAUGUGGUCAGACACAGGUAUUUACCAUGGCUAGAUGCUUCCCACCCAUUCCCCCAUGCUGGCUGCACUGGAACAGUGGCUAACUCUUCAACCUCCUCUCUAGAGACCGAUCUUCCCUGCUUGGAGCUGCUUCCAGCCCUCCUUAGCUGUGAUCUCCAGCCUUCCACAGUGAAUAAAGACUUUGGGCAAGGCUGGGGGAGACAAAAAUAGCUUGUAAGGGACUACUAUGAGACCUAAAGUAGCCAUCCAGGUUGAUCAGUCUUCUUUGGCUCUUCAGUGCUGUGUGGACAGCCCCAGCGCUCCUGCUCCUUCAGAAACACCCAGUUCCCUAUUUAGGGUGGAGGCUAUUCUUUAACUUCCUGGAACAUUUGAACUCAGCUGCCUGCAGCAGGGCUGGCUCCAAAGGUCAGCCAUGGAGAGGAUGGCCUGGAGGGGUGAGGACAUAAAGAGCAUGCAGGAGCUUGGCAGCCACAAACCCAUCCCCUGCUCCAUCCCCAAAGCCACCGUCUCAUCCUGCUCCCUGCUCCAGAGCCCCUCUGCCAUCCUUCAGUGGUCCAGCACCCUCAGUGGGAGCAAUGAGACAGAGCUGCCAUUGCACUGCCUGCAGCCAUGCCCUGGCCUCUUUCCCCAGGACUGAUGUCUCCCAAGGUUUUUCCCAGUUCAUCUCUCCCCAGACACGUCUUCAGCUCCUCUGAUGCCAUUGUAAAUGGUUGCACUGUUUUAGCUCCUUGCCAGGCUUUCUAGAAUAGCCCAUGUGGAAGUGCCUUAUAGACUUGCCUCUGUUCCAUUAGUGUCAUGGAAAAGGUUGGGGUUUUUUUUUAAGUUAUAUUUAUUUUCAUCCCAUUUUAAUUGCACAAAACACUAAAACUUAAUGCAUGGAAUCCCUCUUUUGUUGUUUUGGGUUUUUUUAACUGUGUUUUUAGUUUUCAAACCAUCCCUUUUCCAGCUCUGGAGAAGGGGUAUGGACAGAUGCGCAUAGAUACGUACCACUUACUGCUGUACUUUAGCUUUGAGCUGCUCUUAUAUAUGUAUAUUAUUUUGUAAGCCUGUUUAUAAACCAGAUUCCCUGCUUCGUGGCUUCGGAAGAAGCAGAUUGUUCCUCUCAGAUGUCUUAUGCCUUUCUGGAGGCUGGAAGGGUUGCUGGAGGGGUUUCCCCUGCUCCCACCAUCCCUCUCAGUCAUUGGAUAACACAGAAAACAAUCCGAACCGGCUGCAACACCAACGCACAGUGCCUGUAAAGAAGUCCUGUAACCUGCAAAUAAAGGCAUAUGGGAAGCAUU